AUGGCGCCACCUACAGCAACAAUCGAAAUACCAAACUCUUAUGAGAGUCUCGGUCUCACUCAUGUCAAAGUGACUCACUAUCCAUUGGGGAGACCGACAGCAACUCCAGUUGUGAUAGUCACCUUGAAUCGCCCAGAGAAAAACAAUGCAUUUACACCGCAUAUGGCUGAUAGUCUCGAACUGGCUUUUCGAGCCUUUCAUCUUGACCCCAGGGUGAAGGUGGUUGUUUUAACUGGUGCUGGGAGGAUGUUCUGUGCUGGGUCAGAUUUGGAGAUCGGAUUUUCAAAUGAAGGGAGGGCUACUGAUUUUCGCGAUAUUGGGGGUCGAGUAGCGUUGGCAAUGCAUAGGUGUCAUAAGCCUACGAUUGUUGCUCUGAAUGGCUCUGCGGUAGGAGUUGGAAUGACCAUGACUUUGCCAGCUGUAAUCCGUAUCUGCCACGAAACAAGCAAAUACGGAUUCGUCUUUACUAGACGCGGACUAACCAUUGAAUCCUGUGCCUCGUAUUUUCUUCCUCGGCUCAUUGGUCUUUCUCGAGCCAUGUCCCUUAUAUCGACUGGCGGGGUCUACCCCGGCAACUCGAAAUACUUUGGGGACUUGUUCACUGAGGUUCUGCCGAACGCAGCGGAGGUUCUACCCCGGGCUCUGGAAUUGGCUCAGGAAAUGACCGAGAAUGUCAGUCCGUUGGCAUCAUCGAUGAGUCGAGCGUUGAUGUGGGAGGGUCCUAGUUCGCCCGAGGCAGCGCAUCUCCUUGAGUCUCGGGUGUUUCACCAUAUGGCUGGUCAAAGUGACUACCAAGAAGGUGUCAACUCUUUCCUUAACAAGCGCAAAGCCAGUUUCCAGGCUGAUGCUCAUGAGCACAGUCCUCUGGACUAUCCAUGGUGGUCUGAAGCAGAUAUUAGAGUCGAACCGAAGAAGUUUAAGAUAUGA